AGGCAGCAUCUCUUCCACCCACCCACCGUCUCCCAAGGUCAUUCCCACAUACCAUUACAUCAUCAGAUUUGGGUAUGCUGCAAAUCUACCUUUUUUCAAUUGCUAACCAUACAAACCUCGACCAGUGAGAAGCAGAGGGAGGUCUUCCAAGCCUACCCCCUGCAACAUUCGAAGAGUCCUGAACAGAAACUGGCUGAUCAACUAGACCAGAGAGCCAUAAGAUCAGGAUUUUGGAAACACACAGAGCUGGGCACAAUGUCUUCCCAAGGGACGCUUAUUCAAAUCCUGGAGAUUGCAUGAUAUGUGGGCUUCAAAACCACUUAUCUACUACUUUGAGUUGGCUUUGUGUACUAAUGAUGAACAUGUGAUUGCCAAGGUGUAUAAACUUUAGCUGAAAAUGAAUACGUUGAAGAUGUUUAAGUGGACAAAAAAAAUUGGAGACAACAUAAAGCUCGGCCAGUGGGAGAAUAUGUGGAGUAAAGGAUUGAAAUUUACACUUAACUAUAAUUAGAAAGGGAUUUUUUUUAAGAUGAUGUUUCAUUGGUACUUAACAGCAGAUAAAUUAUCUAAGAUGUAUAAAGGAGUGUCAAAUGUAUGUUGGAAAUUAUAAUCAAUGUGAAGGUACUUUUUAUUACCUUUAGUGGACUUGUAAGAAGGCUAAGAAAUAUUGUGAUAUUUGAUUCAGAGAAUCUUAAAAAUGGAUGUACAGUGGAUACCAGAGGUUUUUCUUUUAGGUAUGGUGGAUAAACAGAUUGAACUAUAUAUGGCUAAAGGCACGCUCAUACAAACAAUGCAGCCUCCUCUAGUGUAAGUGCCCUUCAACUUGCUUGGAUUAAAACUGAAAGGGCUGAUUGCAGGGAAGGGGUAGAUCCAUCUCUCUGAGCUCUGAUUGGCUCACCUGAUUAGGGGUGGAGCUAAGUGCCCUAUAUAAGAGCUUCAGAGAGCCUGCCCUGCAGUUGGUUGGAGGAGUUUCUUCUUAGCUCUUCUAUGCAGCUGCUGCUAUUUCAAGGCCAACCUCCCAUCAUGGCCAAGCAUGAGCUGCAAUCCACAAGAAAUUAUGGCUGAUGUCAUAAAGAAAGUAAAAAAGAAGGGAGAAUGGAAGGUCCUGGUGGUGGACCAGUUAAGCAUGCGUAUGCUGUCCUCCUGCUGCAAAAUGACGGAUAUCAUGACCGAGGGCAUAACGAUUGUAGAAGAUAUCAAUAAGCGCCGAGAGCCACUGCCUAGCUUGGAGGCUGUGUAUCUCAUCACUCCAUCAGAAAAGUCUGUUGAGUCUCUCAUUGCUGACUUCAAGGAGCCCCCAAAUGCCAAAUAUCGAGCUGCACAUGUCUUCUUCACUGACUCAUGUCCAGAUUCCUUAUUCAAUGAACUGGUCAAAUCCCGUGCAGCAAAAGUCAUCAAGACCCUGACGGAAAUCAACAUUGCUUUCCUGCCCUAUGAGUCACAGGUUUACUCCCUGGAUUCAGCUGACUCCUUUCAGAGCUUUUAUAGCCCUCAUAAGGCCCAAAUGAAGAACCCAAUUCUGGAGCGCUUGGCAGAACAAAUUGCGACUCUUUGUGCCACCCUGAAGGAAUACCCAGCUGUCCGAUAUAGGGGGGAUUACAAGGACAAUGCGAUGUUGGCUCAGCUGAUCCAGGACAAGCUGGAUGCUUAUAAGGCAGAUGACCCAACUAUGGGAGAGGGUCCAGACAAAGCUCGCUCCCAACUUAUCAUCCUAGAUCGUGGCUUUGACCCCACCUCUCCAGUGUUGCAUGAACUCACGUUCCAAGCCAUGAGCUAUGAUUUGCUACCCAUUGAAAAUGAUGUUUACAAGUAUGAGACGAGUGGAAUUGGGGAGGCCCGGGUCAAAGAGGUCCUUCUGGAUGAGGAUGAUGACCUGUGGGUUACCUUGCGCCACAAGCACAUUGCUGAGGUGUCCCAAGAGGUCACCCGAUCUCUGAAGGAUUUUUCUUCCAGUAAAAGGAUGAAUACCGGUGACAAGACCACCUUGAGGGACCUUUCCCAGAUGCUCAAGAAGAUGCCCCAGUAUCAAAAAGAACUCAGCAAGUAUUCCACUCAUCUCCACUUGGCUGAAGACUGCAUGAAGCACUACCAAGGCACUGUGGACAAACUCUGCAGAGUUGAGCAGGAUCUGGCCAUGGGCACUGAUGCAGAAGGGGAGAAGAUCAAGGAUCCCAUGCGUGCUAUUGUCCCAAUCCUGCUUGAUGCCAACGUCAGCACCUAUGACAAGAUCCGGAUCAUCUUGCUGUACAUCUUUCUCAAGAAUGGGAUCACUGAGGAAAACCUGAACAAGCUGAUCCAGCAUGCUCAGAUCCCACCUGAGGACAGUGAAAUCAUCACUAAUAUGGCACACCUUGGGGUACCCAUCAUCACAGAUUCCACCUUACGCCGUAGAAGCAAACCAGAACGGAAGGAACGUAUCAGUGAACAGACUUACCAGCUCUCCCGAUGGACUCCAGUGGUCAAGGACAUCAUGGAGGAUGCUGUUGAGGAUAAAUUGGACACCAAACACUACCCGUACAUCUCUACCCGAUCAGCUGCGUCUUUCAGCACUACAGCGGUCAGUGCCCGCUACGGACACUGGCACAAGAACAAGGCUCCUGGGGAAUACCGAAGUGGUCCUCGCCUCAUUGUUUUCAUCCUGGGGGGUGUUGCUCUGAAUGAGAUGCGCUGUGCCUAUGAGGUGACGCAAGCCAGUGGGAAGUGGGAGGUGAUGAUAGGUUCCACACACGUUCUCACCCCACAGAAAUUGCUGGACACACUGAAGAAACUGACCAAAACGGAUGAAGAAAGCAGCAGUUAAACACACCUCCUCUCUCUUUCUUUCCUCCUCUCUCUCGUGGAUCUGCUCCCAAACCAGUAACACCAACCAAAUCGUUGCAAAUCUGGGGUCACGGCCGUUUCCCUUUGACUUCUUGGCAUCCUUUUCAGUCUGCCACCUCUUCUGAGUUUUAAUGCAAGACCCCCUCCAAACUUUCCCAUUUCCUUCCCCUUCAUUUCUUUGCCCCCUCAUUUGAAGCAAAGCUAAAUAGGAAAAAAAAAUAUGCAUUGUGUCUAAAGGAGUGGGGGUGGGGGGAAGAAAAGAGUAAUAUAUUCUAUAAUAUAGAUAUUAUCUCUGUAUGUAUCCAAGAAAAUAAAAUGCCAGAUUCAACUGCCCAUUUCUGAAGAUCCCAUCGCUUCAUCAUUGGCGAUAAACAAUGGUGAUUAUAUUUUCAAUACUGUAUUCUUUUUUUUAAAUUUCAUUUUUCCCUGCUUGGAUGGAUGAAUGCUUGUGACUUAUUUAUGGCUCUGUGAUCCUGUACCUAACCCCGGAUGCAAACUGUGAAUAUUGUCUCCUAGGCGUUGCAAUUUGCUUGCAUUUUGGGAAUACUGUAAUAACUUCCCUCCUUUUGACCUUCCUUUUCCCUACUCACAUUGCUGUCGUUGGGGUUGUCGUCUUGAUUAUGUAUUAUUACACUCGGUUUGGUUUUGGUUUAUUGAUAUGCAGCCAGGCUGGCUUUUGAGAGAUAUAUGAUAUAUAUUUUUCUGGAUGUUACUUGGUUGUUAUCCUUCCUCUUCUCUUUUGGGGGAUAUUUCAUAUUGAGUCAUGUCUGCAACUGAAGCAUGGCUUAACUUGCUUUCUCAAAGCCUGUCCAACAAUGAGGCGUUGUUUUUCCCUGUCUCAGCACUCUGAGGUCUGCUGAUGGCUUUAAAUUUCGCUGAGGCAUGUUGGCAAGUAAAUAUUCUUGGAGCCUCGUUGUAGUAUUUUGGUGCAAAGAAAUAAAAAAAAAUAGAGGCACAUAAUUUUGCUUCUGGAAACCAUCUGUCCUUAAUCUAUGAGAUUUGUAGCCUAUUCUUCCUCUGGGGGCUGAGGAUAUUUUCCCCCUUUGCCUUUUAGUUAAUUCUACAAAAGUCUUGCAAGGAAGGAUAAGGUGAGAGAGAGAGAGAGAGAGAAAGUCUAUGCCCUGAGUCAUGCAAUUAACCCACUGGACUUAAUUUUAAGCCAAGGAAAUGCGUAGGUUCCCAAUGGGGCUCACAUCUGCUAUAUGUAUUUUGGGGUUCUCGAAACCUUGCUCCCUCCCAGCUUUUGUUCUCCAUUUUCCUUGUGGGAGUUUAAAGAAGGAAUCUCCAUCCAUCCACUAGACUGUGCUGUGUUUUCUGGUUUCAUAGUUGGCCAAAGAAGAGUCUUCAGGGUGGACCUUCUGCCUUUUAGAAGACAUGGGGGGCCUGUACUGCUCAGCUAUAGUUGUCCCCAUAUUUCAGCAAGGGAGUGGUAGUCCAAGGAGAACUAUCUAUCCAUCUUCUCUCUAUUUUCUAAAAUCUGAUUUUGAACUGUAGGGAUCCACCCAGCUUUGACAAGCUGAAAUCAGUGGAGCAAAUUAAACCUGUUGAUGCCCUUGAAGGAUGUUUGCAUGGGUCAGGCCGUGAAGAUGUCUCCAGAAUUUAGGGUUGAUCUUUGCUUGGUCUGCCUUGCAGAUGAAUUGAUUCAAAAAUGGUCUUUUGUGGUCAGGGACAGUCCAAUCAGUGAACUGGGUGGUUUUCCUCCUGUUCGUGGUGCCCAGUGUGAAAGCAUGAAUUUGUUUGGCAUUUGUAGGGCCUGGUGAUUGAAUGUGCCCCUCUUCUGGGAUUUGCGUGAUAGCCUGAAACUAAGGAAGUGGCCUGAGUUUGCACGAAAUGCUCAGCCACCCAAAAUUGAGAACCAAAGUUUGGCUCUAACCAAGCUUCCCCUAUUGUGGAAAUGCAUACCUGCUAGGUCUCUGUCUGACCAAUUUACUUGUGUUAUCUUAAUGCACCUAUGAUGGAGGACUGUUGGCUUUAAGUGACUGGGACUAGUAUGUGUUGAGAUACAAAUCCAGAAUGAUGUAGGGAUGGGAGCACGGGAGGAGGGUUCUCAGGACUGCCCCAAAUAAGGAAAAAAGAAAACAGUGGAAAUUUCAGUGGAAAGCAUUCCUCCUUGACCCUUAAAAAUGAAGUGUAGCUAGACUUCUCAGGGGCCUUUGAUCUUAUUCAAAGCAAACUUCUCUAAAAAUUGAAAGCCAUUUUUUAUGGGCAAAUUCAACCUGACUCCUUCCCAAAAUCUUUCAUUUGGACACGGCCGAUGCAGAAUUUCACCCCAAUGCUUUCAAGCGAGGUAUCCGUUUAUUCUCUUCCAAUGUUUGCUUGGGCCACAGCUCCCAGAAUCUUUCGCUCUCGGCCAUCCUGGCCGAGGCUCCUGGGAUGUGUAGUUCAGCAACGUCUGGAGGGCCACGCGUUCCAAAAAUGGGCUGAUUUGUGUUACUUUCUUUAUUGCUAACACCGAAAAUUCUCUUCUCUUCUCUCUCUCUCCCCCCCACCCAACACCUUCCACCAUUGUCAACUAGUAAUGAAACAUUGCUGGCAGUGGUUAGCACCAAAAUUAACCUCACUUACCCUUUUACAGAUUUGAUUUCCAUUUCCCCUUCUCUUGUUACAGGCUACGUGUAUGAAUUAAAUGUGUCUUGUGAUGUUAAUGCAAGCUUGGAGUAAAGUGGUUUACAGAGUCCUUUCUGUAUUUCUCUUCAUUGACCUUCCUUUAAUGGCUGCAUUAGCUUACUGUGGCAUUGGGGGGAGGGAGUGAAGGUUAAUAUUUUCCUCCCCUUUUAUCCUUUUGAGUUACCCCUCCCUCUCCCCACCUAUUGCAGGACGUUGACUUCUCUUCCUAGAAAAUACCAGCAGAGGGAAGAAGGGGGGAAACCCCCCCGUUAUUAUUUAUAGCUUUCUGUCUACUUCUCCCUUGCACUUAAUAUUACACGUUCCUAGGGCAAAUGUCAAUUUUGCACUAUGUCAAUUUGCACUGAUAAUUUGUUGAGCAUCUCCCCUUCUCAGUCUCUCCUUGCAGAAAUCUCUUUGAUUUAGCAUUGUGACUCUUCAGGGUGACUUUCUGGUUGUUUUAGGGGUUUUUGUUUUGUUUUUUAAAUUGCUAUUUAUAUUCAAACGACUUAUUAUUGAAAGGAAAAGGGGGAAAAACACCACACUCACGCCCAAAAGGGUAACUAAAUUCUGUCUUUAGAAGCUGUUUUAUUUCUUGACAUGUCAAUGUUGAAGCACAAAAUGUGUUAUUUCUGUAUCGCUGUUCUGUAUUUUAAAAGCACUCAAGAGUUAAUAAAAUUUGCUGUCCUGUCCAAUGACGUUAAGAGAGGAUUGAGUGGCUGGUUGUGAGAACAAGUCUCUGAUGAAGGAUAAGAAAAUGCUGGACUACUUCAGUGUUUUUCUGCUGUAUCAGAUGUCUGAACGCUUACCAAAAAUUUGGUAAUUUGGGAUGAAUUUGUCAAUUCCGUUUGGCUCGGUUUCUUCUCUUUU